AUGCUCGUUUCUUCUUAUUAUUAUUAUUGUUCUUCUUAUUCUUUUCUUCUUAUUCUUAUUCUUUUCUUCUUAUUCUUAUUCUUUACUUCUUAUUCUUUUUUUUUCUUUCUUAUUAUUCUUUUCUUCUUCUUAUUCUUUUCUUCUUAUUAUUCUUUUCUUCUUCUUAUUCUUUUCUUCUUAUUAUUCUUUUCUUCUUAUUAUUCUUUUCUUCUUAUUAUUCUUUUCUUCUUAUUAUUCUUUUCUUCUUAUUAUUCUUUUCUUCUUCUUAUUCUUUUCUUCUUCUUAUUCUUUUCUUCUUCUUAUUCUUUUCUUCUUCUUAUUCUUUUCUUCUUCUUAUUCUUUUCUUCUUCUUAUUCUUUUCUUCUUCUUAUUCUUUUCUUAUUAUUCUUUUCUUCUUAUUAUUCUUUUCUUCUUAUUAUUCUUUUCUUAUUAUUCUUUUUCUUUUAUUCUUUUCUUCUUAUUCUUAAUCCUUUCUUCUUAUUCUUAAUCUUUUCUUCUUAUUCUUAA